CUCUUCACUUCCCUAUCCUCGGCUCUUUCCUCCCGCCCCCAUCGCCUCCUUUAAUACCGUCACGUGAGGGGCGAGCGCGGGGCCUGCCGGGACGGGUACUGCCGGUGGGUCAGGGUUCGGCCUCAAUAUGGCGGUUCCGGUAGGGCAGUGACCAAGGUUUUGCCGUCGGGAGGAUUAACUGGCGAUUGUCGGCGUCUCCACCUAUCGGGGUGGAAUGCGAGGACGCCGAGGCGAGCCUUGAGGAGCGGCGGUGCCGGGGAGGGGUCGGUGCUGUGUGCCCGGGAGCCGAGGCAGCGGCGUCUGUUCCUUCUAUUGGUCUGAAGGCUUCAAUGCGGGGCCCCGCCCGACCGGGCUAGGCCGGCGGGCGGCGGCAGUAGCUGCUGCAGCCGCAGGAUCGGCCUCUGAGAGUGGGCCGGAGGGCGGGCGCCGCCGCUGCUUGUGCCGCGGCGAUGGCCCAGUGUGUACAAUCAGUGCAGGAGCUAAUCCCGGACUCCUUCGUCCCCUGUGUCGCUGCUCUGUGCAGCGACGAAGCCGAGCGGCUCACUCGACUCAAUCACCUUAGCUUCGCGGAGUUGCUUAAGCCCUUCUCUCGCCUCACUUCGGAGGGUAUGUGGUCUCCUCCCUUUUUCACUGUGCUCCCUCGAAGCCGGGCCGGGAGAAGGAAGUUGGGAGCGGGCAGGGAAGAGAAGGGCGAUGUUUACAUCUUGGAGCCGGUAGAGUGGCGUCUGGGGCUGGGGCUCCGCGGUGUCUCCGCCGCGGCUGGGGGAGGGGCCAUGAGUGAGGUUGUCAAGACUGCGCGCAAUGAACAUGAAAUGGUUGCAGUGCUAGCCCUCCUAAAUAAUAUAUGGGUUAUUCUCAUAAGUUAUGUAUUGUUCAUUUUAGCUACUACUCCAUGGUUUGAGUCUUACAGAGAGACCUUUCUUCAGUCGAUGCCAGCAUCAGAUCAUGAAUUUCUGAACCACUAUUUAGCUUGUAUGUUGGUAGCAUCAUCUAGUGAAGCUGAACCUGUGGAACAGUUUUCAAAGUUAUCACAAGAACAACAUCGAAUUCAGCACAACAGUGACUGUUCCUACCCCAAGUGGUUUAUACCAAAUACACUUAAAUAUUAUGUACUUUUACAUGAUGUAAGUGCAGGAGAUGAACAGAGAGCUGAAUCAGUUUAUGAAGAAAUGAAACAGAAAUAUGGAACUCAGGGUUGCUAUUUACUUAAAAUUAAUUCUCGAACAUCUAAUCGGGCAUCAGAUGAACAGAUACCAGAUCCUUGGAGUCAGUAUCUCCAGAAAAAUAGUAUUCAAAACCAGGAGUCAUAUGAAGAUGGGCCUUGUACUAUAACUUCAAAUAAGAAUUCUGAUAGUAACUUGCUUUCAUUGGAUGGAUUAGAUAACGAAGUCAAAGUUGAUGGCUUACCAAAUAACUUCAGAGCUCACCCACUUCAGUUGGACUCAUCCAGUGACCCUUCUAACAGCGUCGAUGGCCCAGAUCACGUAAAAUCUGCUUCAUCAUUACAUGAAACAAAGAAAGCAAAUACUGGAAUUAUUCAUGGUGCAUGUUUAACUCUUACUGAUCAUGAUAGAAUUCGACAGUUUAUACAAGAGUUCACAUUUCGGGGCCUUUUGCCGCAUAUAGAGAAAACAAUUCGGCAAUUAAAUGAUCAGUUAAUAUCAAGAAAAGGUUUAAGUCGAUCUCUAUUUUCUGCAACUAAAAAAUGGUUUAGUGGCAGUAAAGUUCCAGAAAAAAGCAUUAACGAGCUGAAAAAUACAUCUGGAUUGCUAUAUCCACCAGAAGCACCAGAGCUUCAAAUCCGAAAAAUGGCUGACUUAUGCUUUUUGGUGCAGCAUUAUGAUUUGGCUUAUAGUUGCUAUCAUACUGCAAAGAAAGAUUUUCUUAACGAUCAAGCAAUGCUUUAUGCAGCUGGUGCCUUGGUUGGUAUUCUAGAUUCUGAUCUUCGAAGCGCACUUCUUUUGGAACAGGCGGCACAUUGCUUUAUAAACAUGAAGAGUCCCAUGGUUAGAAAAUACGCGUUUCAUAUGAUAUUGGCAGGCCAUCGGUUUAGUAAAGCCGGGCAGAAAAAGCAUGCUUUACGCUGUUAUUGUCAAGCCAUGCAAGUUUACAAGGGAAAAGGCUGGUCUCUUGCAGAGGAUCACAUUAAUUUCACUAUUGGACGCCAAUCGUAUACCCUUAGGCAACUGGACAAUGCUGUGUCUGCUUUUAGGCAUAUUUUAAUCAAUGAAAGUAAACAGUCUGCUGCUCAACAAGGGGCCUUCCUCAGAGAGUAUCUUUAUGUUUACAAGAAUGUAAGUCAGCUGUCACCAGAUGGCCCUUUACCACAGCUACCUUUACCAUAUAUUAACAGUUCAGCAACUCGGGUUUUCUUUGGCCACGACAGACGACCAGCAGAUGGUGAAAAGCAAGCAGCUACUCAUGUAAGUCUUGAUCAAGAAUAUGAUUCUGAAUCCUCUCAGCAGUGGCGAGAACUUGAAGAACAGGUUGUAGCUGUGGUUAACAGAGGAGUAAUUCCAUCCAAUUUCCACCCCACACAAUACUGUUUGAACAGUUAUUCAGAUAACUCAAGAUUUCCACUGGCAGUUGUAGAAGAGCCAAUAACAGUCGAAGUGGCCUUUAGAAAUCCUUUGAAGGUUCCACUUUUGUUGACUGAUUUGUCAUUGCUAUGGAAGUUCCAACCAAAAGAGAGUAGUGGAAAGGAUAAUGAAGAAGUUAAAGAACUAGUAACAGGUGAACCUGAAAUGAUUGGAACUGAAGUUAUUUCAGAAUUUUUAAUUAAUAGUGAAGAAUCUAAAGUGGCAAGACUAAAGCUCUUUCCCCAUCACAUAGGGGAGCUGCAUAUUCUGGGAGUUGUUUAUAAUCUUGGCACUAUUCAGGGCUGCAUGACAAUAGAUGGCAUUGGUGCUCUUCCUGGAUGUCACACAGGAAAACAUUCCUUGAGUAUGUCAGUCCGAGGGAGACAGGAUUUAGAAAUUCAAGGUCCUCGACUUAACAAUACAAAAGAAGAGAAAACAUCUAUUAAAUAUGGUCCUGAUCGACGUUUAGAUCCCAUUAUCACGGAGGAAAUGCCACUAUUGGAGGUGUUCUUUAUACAUUUUCCUACAGGGCUCCUCUGUGGAGAAAUCCGAAAAGCAUACGUAGAAUUUGUCAAUGUCAGCAAAUGUCCUCUUACUGGAUUGAAGGUUGUUUCUAAACGUCCAGAGUUCUUUACUUUUGGUGGUAACACAGCUGUUCUAACACCACUGAGUCCCUCAGCUUCGGAGAACUGUAGUGCUUACAAGACUGUUGUGACAGAUUCUACCUCUGUGUGUACAGCACUCAUAUCAUCAGCUUCCUCUGUAGACUUUGGCAUUGGCACAGGGAGUCAGCCAGAGGUGAUUCCUGUUCCCCUUCCUGACACCGUUCUUCUACCUGGAGCUUCAGUUCAGCUACCCAUGUGGUUACGUGGGCCAGAUGAAGAAGGUGUCCAUGAAAUUAACUUUUUGUUUUACUAUGAAAGUGUUAAAAAGCAGCCUAAAAUACGUCACAGAAUAUUAAGACACACUGCAGUUAUUUGUACCAGCCGAUCUUUGAAUGUCCGAGCCACUGUCUGCAGAAGUAAUUCUCUUGAAGAUGAGGAGGGCCGAGGGGGCAAUAUGCUCGUCUUUGUGGAUGUGGAAAAUACCAAUACUAGUGAAGCAGGUGUUAAGGAAUUUCAUAUAGUACAAGUAUCAAGUAGUAGCAAACACUGGAAGUUACAGAAAUCUGUAAAUCUCUCUGAAAACAAAGGUUCGUUUGUGACUUUUCCCCUCUUCAUAGCUUAUGUAGUGGAAGAUAGUAAGCAGCUUAUUUUGGAAGGUCAGCAUCAUGUUAUUCUUCACACUAUAGGAAAAGAAGCCUUUUCAUGUCCUCAGAAACAGGAGCCACCAGAAAUGGAACUAUUAAAAUUUUUCAGGCCAGAAAACACUACAGUUCCUUUAAGACCAUCAGUAGAGCAGCUUUCUAAUCUCAUUAAAACGAGUCUUCACUAUCCAGAAUCAUUUAAUCAUCCAUUUCAUCAAAAAAGCCUUUGUUUAGUACCAGUCACCCUUUUACUGUCCAAUUGUUCUAAGGCUGAUGUUGAUGUAAUUGUCGAUCUUCGGCAUAAAACAACAAGUCCAGAAGCAUUGGAAAUCCAUGGAUCAUUUACAUGGCUUGGACAAACACAAUACAAACUUCAGCUGAAAAGCCAGGAGAUUCACAGUUUGCAGCUGAAAGCAUGCUUCGUUCAUACGGGUGUUUAUAACCUUGGAACGCCUAGGGUAUUUGCCAAGUUAUCGGACCAAGUUAUGGUGUUUGAAACAAGUCAGCAGAACUCCAUGCCUGCUCUGAUCAUUAUCAAUAAUGCGUGACAACUUGCACAUUUGUACUGAAAUCCACAAGAAUCAGUUUUGUCUUACUGAAUGGGUUUUAACAGCAGUAUUUGAAAUACCUAACUUGUAAUGGAGGUUGGUGUCGGAUUGCUGCAAAAUACUUUCAACUUGUCAAUGUGUUGAUGAUGCAAAGCACGUUGGACUGAGAAUACUUACAUUCUUUUUUUGUAUUUCUUUAAACCCUGGUAAUAAUUUACAUACUCAUAAUACAGAGUUUCAACAUAUCCAUGCACCUUAUUAAGCCCUGUCUUAAAAACCAUGUCUAAGUCUGCUGUUACAACUUAUUGAUGGUAUAUGAAUAUUACCAGAUGAUUCUGAGGAAGGAAAGGCCUUGUUGGCAAUACUCCUGUUAAGCCAUUAGUCUAUAAAUUCCAGCUUUACUGUGAAGUUCUAUAGAGUGUUAAAUACAAGUUUUCUUGUCUUGCUUCACACAAUUCUCUAAAAUCAGUUUUGAACUUUGGUUAUAGAGUCUUCAUACUUCAGUAUCUGUGGUUCCUAUGGCUUAUACAUAACUUUGUAAAAAGAAAAAAAUUUUUUCUGAUGCUUUGAAUAUAGUUUUGAAAGGAGUUUGACUUUUUUUUCUCAUUCAUCUCAGCAUAGGGUGCACUAUUUCACAAUACGAAAUUUUUUUGUCAUUUAAAUUAUCAUAUUCUUUAUUAUGUAACUUUAACAAUUGAGUUGAUCUGUUUAAAAUAUAAAUCUACUCAAGUUAAUUAAAAAUAAGCUUUUCAAAAA